GCCGAGGUGGCCGCGGGCGUUCGCCCUCUCCGGGGCGGCAGAUCCGGCCGGGUCUUCAGCCGCCGCCGCCCCGAUCUGGCCCGCCCCCUCCUCCGUCCAGCCCCGGCCUGCUGGGAGGCGCUCCCCCGGGGCCGACCCUGGGCUGAUUUUCAAACACCAAUCAUCAUGCAAUAGAGGCAGCCCGGGCCUCCCGUGCCAUUUGGCGGUGGUCAACUCCGGAUGCCCGCGUGGGGAGCGGAUCUGGACCAGGCUCCCCAAACCGAGAACCUGCCCGAAUUCAGGGAGCUGGCGAGCAAGCUGGUCCUUCAGGGUAGUCACUUUGGGAGUAAGAAGAUUGCCAUUAAAUUACAACCAUGGUGCAGAAAUACCAGUCCCCAGUGAGGGUGUAUAAGCACCCCUUUGAGUUAAUUAUGGCUGCCUAUGAGAGGAGGUUCCCCACAUGUCCUUUGAUCCCAAUGUUCGUGGACAGUGACACCGUGAGCGAAUUCAAGAGUGAAGAUGGGGCUAUUCAUGUCAUUGAGAGGCGCUGCAAGCUGGAUAUCGACGCUCCCAGGCUGUUGAAGAAGAUUGCAGGAGUCGAUUAUGUUUAUUUUGUCCAGAAAAACUCCCUGAAUUCUCGAGAGCGCACUUUGCACAUCGAGGCGCACAACGAGACGUUUUCUAACCGGGUCAUCAUCCACGAGCACUGCUGCUACACGGUUCACCCUGAGAACGAAGACUGGACCUGCUUUGAACAGUCUGCAAGUUUAGAUAUCAAAUCCUUCUUUGGUUUUGAAAGUACAGUGGAAAAAAUUGCCAUGAAACAAUAUACCAGCAACAUUAAAAAAGGAAAAGAAAUCAUCGAAUACUACCUGCGGCAGCUGGAGGAGGAGGGCAUCACCUUUGUGCCCCGGUGGACCCCGCCCUCUCUGCAGCCCUCAUCAGAAACACUGUCAUCAAGCAAGAGUCAAGCCACAUCUUCUGCUGUCCUUGUCCCAGAUGCUGCUGCCCUCAAGGAGGGGCUGAGUGGGGAAGGCAUCAGCAGCCCAGGCCCAGCAUCUGAGCCUGUGGUAGGAACCCCUGACGACAAGCUAGAUGCCGACUACAUCAAGAGAUAUUUGGGUGACCUGACCCCGCUCCAGGAGAGCUGCCUCAUCCGACUGCGCCAGUGGCUCCAGGAGACGCACAAGGGCAAAAUCCCGAAGGAUGAGCAUAUUCUCCGGUUUCUGCGUGCCCGGGAUUUUAAUAUUGACAAAGCCAGAGAGAUCAUGUGUCAGUCUCUAACUUGGCGGAAGCAGCACCAGGUGGAUUACAUCCUGGAUACCUGGACUCCGCCCCAGGUCCUUCAGGAUUACUACGCUGGAGGCUGGCAUCACCAUGACAAAGACGGGCGACCGCUGUACGUGCUCAGACUGGGGCAGAUGGACACCAAGGGCUUGGUGCGAGCCCUCGGAGAGGAAGCCCUGCUGCGAUACGUUCUUUCCAUAAACGAAGAAGGCCUAAGACGAUGUGAAGAAAAUACCAAAGUCUUCGGCCGGCCAAUCAGCUCGUGGACCUGCCUGGUAGACCUUGAAGGACUGAACAUGCGCCAUCUGUGGAGACCUGGAGUCAAAGCCUUGCUGCGCAUCAUCGAGGUGGUGGAGGCUAACUACCCAGAGACGCUGGGCCGCCUCCUCAUCCUCCGAGCUCCCAGGGUCUUUCCUGUCCUCUGGACACUGGUUAGUCCAUUUAUUGACGACAACACAAGAAGGAAAUUCCUCAUUUAUGCGGGAAAUGACUACCAGGGCCCUGGAGGCCUGCUGGAUUACAUCGAUAAAGAGAUAAUUCCAGAUUUCCUGAGCGGGGAGUGCAUGUGUGAUGUACCAGAGGGUGGACUGGUCCCCAAAUCUCUGUACAGGACUGCAGAGGAGCUGGAAAAUGAGGACCCGAAGCUCUGGACAGAGACCAUCUACCAGUCUGCCAGCGUGUUCAAAGGAGCCCCGCAUGAGAUUCUCAUUCAGAUUGUGGACGCCGCCUCAGUGAUCACCUGGGAUUUUGACGUGUGCAAAGGGGACAUUGUUUUUAAUAUUUUUCACUCCAAGAGGUCUCCCCAGCCACCCAAGAAGGACGCGCUGGGGGCCCACAGCAUCACCUCUCCGGGUGGGAACAACGUGCAGCUCAUAGACAAAGUGUGGCAGCUGGGCCGGGACUACAGCACGGUGGAGUCACCGCUGAUCUGCAAAGAAGGAGAGAGUGUGCAGGGCUCCCAUGUGACCAGGUGGCCGGGCUUCUACAUCCUGCAGUGGAAGUUCCACAGCAUGCCCGCGUGUUCCGCCACCAACCUCCCCCGAGUGGACGACGUGCUGGCCUCCCUGCAGGUCUCCUCCCACAAGUGCAAAGUGAUGUACUACACAGAAGUGAUCGGGUCCGAGGAUUUCAGAGGCUCCAUGACCAGCCUGGAGUCCAGCCACAGUGGGUUCUCACAGCUGAGUGCCGCCACCACCUCCUCCAGCCAAUCACACUCCAGCUCCAUGAUUUCCAGCGAAUGACUUGUAUGACAUCCUGCAGAGACGAGCCGCCUCCUCCACGGAACUGAAGCUGCAGCAGGCAGCCCUCGUGGCUCCCUGUUAGUGGAGGUGGCCUGUGGAUUCAGGACAGCCCUUGAGGUCCCUUUCCUCUGAGGACUCGGCAGCCUACAGGAGCACCCGGUCCUGGGGUGGAGCCAGCCCACUCCUAAGCAGACACGCUGCCCAGGAGGGGCUCUCGGGCUCCCCACGACUCCCGACAACACCGCCAUCAUUAAACAUUGCUUUCUCUUUCCUCCUCUUCAAAUCUUUUGAUAUUUUUCAGAGCAAAAUUUUUCUGUCCAUGAACUUGGGGAAGGGGAGGGUUCUAUUCUCCGCUGAAUGCUGUUUUUCCUCCCGCAGGUGGGCAGCUCUAUGCCCGCCAGCACCUAGGGUCCUCAGCCCUCAGCACCCAGGAUCCCCAGUCCUUAGCACCAACCCAGUGUCUUCAGCCCUCAGCACCCAGGGCCUUCAGCCCUCAGCACCCAGGGUCCUCAGCCCUCAGGACCCAGGGUCCUCAGCACUCAGCACCCAGGGUCCCCACCCCCAUAGCUCCCAGGAUCCUCAGCUCUCAGCGGGUGUUGGAAGUAGUGGGUGACACUUCCUUCUGGAAGUGUGGCAGAAGAGACUCCAAGAAUGUUCUCCAGGGUGGCGCAUGGCUUGUAGUGGCCUUGGGCGUGUGAUGGAUGUUGGGGUGUGUGCAGGUGCCGUUUGUGUGCAUGAGGGACAGGGGGGUGGGGUGGGGGAGCAUGGUGGGACUUAAUUUGUUUUAUCAGCAUUUUAUAGAAGCCGACCAGAGGCUGGCUGGCUUUGUCUUUUUCUUUCUGAUCCCCACUUCCCAAAGCCUGCUGUCUGAGCAGGCCCUGACUUCACAGCUUUUAUGGGAAAGCUUACUGCUUACAGAGCUGUCUGGAAGUUGCAGGUGGCUGAUCUCCAUGAGAAGGGCCUGGGAUCUCUCUGUGUGUGUGUGUGUGUGUGUGUGUGUGUAAACGUGUCUAAAGAUGGGUGCCAAACCCACAGGGCCGUGAAUGUGUACGACAAGUGUGGAAUCAUGUGUUGAUGCCGCUCGGAGGCAUAGAUGGAUGUCUGUGAGCUUUGUAGAGGCUGUGGCAUGUCAGCAAGCAUGAGGAGAGUCUCCACAGCAGCCUGGCUUGGCCAGUGAGCCUGCUGGCUCCCGGCACUCGUGUUGCUGGCCUCUGUGGCCCUUCGCCAUGCAUUCCCUGUGCAUGAGGCAGCCAUUCCUAGACAGCAUAGUAGGGCUAUCGUUACUGCGUCCAUGCUGCUCCAAUUAGGGCUUCCUAGCUCCAGUUAAAGGACCUGAAGAUGGCCCUGCUCUCUCUCUCUCUCUCUCCUGUCUCCCUCUCCCUUUCCCUCUCUCUCUGUGUCUCAGAUGGCGAUUUUGCUGACAGCCUCCAAGAAAACGCUUCACGCGACAGUCCACAUGUGCCCAGAGAUGCUUGUGGGACUGUUUGAGUCGCAGCCAUGUCUCAGGCUGAAGAUCUGUCCCCUUAGUCCCUUCAGAAGUGGCCCUGCUCAGUGCCUCAGAACUGAGCUGAGCGCAUGACCACACUCACAGGCUCUAGCCGCCCAGGCCACAGGGCACUGCUGCCUUGGGAGGGUGACUGGGUGUGAUGUGUGCCGUGCAGAGCCUCUUCUCACAGUGCCCGGCACGUGUCCUGAAAUGCUGCUGUCUCGCCCUCCCACCCAGUCCAGCUCUCUGGGUUCUCCGUCUGUUACUAGUGUCUUAAUUCUCUCUCCUUCCUGAACCCAUUAUUUGCAUAUCAGAUUCUGUAAAUGUUUUAUAAACAUAUUACCUCACUCUUGGUAAUACAAUAUUGAUAGUCUUUAAAAGAUUUUUUAUUGUUACAGUAAUAAAUGUGAACUGUUUAAGAGGA